CCACCCUCUGUGGCCCUGUGUCCUGUAGGUAUUGGGAGAUCCACAGCCAAGAUGCCGGGACCCCCUAGAAGCCUAGAAAUGGGGUUUCUCCAUGUUGGUCAGGCUGGUCUCCAACUCCCAACCUCAGGUGAUCCACCCGCCUUGGCCUCCCAAAGUGCUGGGAUUACAUGCUUGCGCCACUGCACCCGGCCAACAGGAGGUAAUUAAAGGCCUAGUUAGUUUUUUCUGGGGAGCCUCCCCUGCAGAUGUCCCAGCCUGCUCACCCCACCCAUGGAAGGAGCCUUUAUCCUGAGAGAAGCUACGGAGCCCUGGAAAGCUGGAGUCCCACAGGAAUCAUUGCAAUUUAGAGAUGUGGCCAUAGAAUUCUCUCUGGAGGAGUGGCAUUGCCUGGACACUGCACAGCAGAAUUUAUAUAGGGAUGUGAUGUUAGAGAACUACAGACACCUGGUCUUCCUUGGUAUUGUUGUCUCUAAGCCAGACCUGAUCACCUGUCUGGAGCAAGGAAUAAAACCUCUGACUAUGAAGAGACAUGAGAUGAUUGCCAACACCCCAGACUUCAUGCUGCAAAAUAAAUCUUCAAUGUUGGAUGUGGGACCUGGUGGGACAUGUUUGUGUCAUGGAGGCAAAUUUCUCAUGAAUGAGACAGAGUUUUGCCAUGUUGUCCAGGCUGGUCUUGAACUCAUGGGAUCAAGUGUUAUGUGUUCUCAUUUUGCCCAAGACCUUUGGCCAGAGCAGAACAUAAAAGAUUCUUUCCAAAAAGUGAUACUGAGAAAAUUUGAAAAAUGUGGACAUGGCAAUUUACACUUUAAGAAAGGCUGUGAAAGUGUGGAUGAGUGUAAGGUACACAAAAGAGGUUAUAAUGGACUUAACCAAUGUUUGACAACUACCCAGAGCAAGAUAUUUCAAUGUGGUAAAUAUGUGAAAGUCUUUCAUCAAUUUUCAAAUUCAAAGAGACAUAAAAGAAGACAUAUUGAAAAAAAACCUUUGAAAUAUAUAGAAGGUGAAAAAGCUUUUAACCAGUCCUUAACCCAUACUACACAUAAAAGAAUUGAUAUUGGAGAGAAACCAUACAAAUAUGAAGAAUGUGGCAAAGCCUUCAACCAGUCCUCACACCUUACUGCACAUAAGAUAACUCAUAGUAGAGAGAAGCCCUACAAAUGUGAAGAAUGUGGCAAAGUCUUUAAGUACUUCUCUACCUUUACUACACAUAAGAAAAUUCAUACUGGAGAGAAACCCUACAUUUGUGAAGAAUGUGGCAAAACUUUUAAGUACCCCUAUACCCUUACUACACAUAAGAUAAUCCAUACUGGAGAGCAACCCUACAAAUGUAAAGAAUGUGACAAAGCUUUUAACCAUCCUGCAACUCUUUCUUCACAUAAGAAAAUUCAUACUGGAGAGAAACCAUACAAAUGUGAUAAAUGUGGCAAAGCCUUUAUUUCAUCCUCGAUCCUUAGUAAACAUGAGAAGAUUCAUACGGGAGAGAAACCCUACAAAUGUGAAGAAUGUGGCAAAGCCUUCACCCGUUCCUCACACCUUACUAUGCAUAAGAUAAUUCAUACUGGAGAGAAACCAUACAAAUGUGAAGAAUGUGACAAAACCUUUACAUGGUCUGCAGGCCUCCAUAAACAUAGGAGAACUCAUACUGGAGAGAAACCCUACAAAUGUGAAGAAUGUGGCAAAGCCUAUACUACAUCCUCAAAUCUAACUGAACAUAAGACAACUCAUACUGGAGAGAAACCUUACAAAUGUAAAGAAUGUGGCAAAGCUUUUAACUGGUCCUCAGACCUUAAUAAACAUAAGAGAAUUCAUAUUGGACAGAAACCAAGAACGUGACAAAGCCUUAUUUUAUUAUUAUUAUUAUUUUUUUGAGAGGUAAUUUCACUGUUGUUUCCCAGGCUGGAGUGCAAUGGCAUAAUUUUGGCUCACCACAACCUCCACCUCCUGGGUUCAAGUAACUCUCCUUAGUAGCUAGGAUUACAGUCCUGCACCACCACACCUGGCUAAUUUUGUAUUUUUAGUAGAGAUGGGGUUUCUGUAUGUUGGUCAGGCUGGUCUCAAUCUCCUAACCUCAGGUGGUCUGCCUGCUUUGGCCUCCUAAAGUGUUGGGAUUACAGGCAUGAGCCACGGUGCCUGGCUGACAAAGCUUUUUAAGGAAAUUCUCAACCCUUAUUACACAUAAUUCAUACUGGACAGAAACCCUAUAAGUGUGAAGAAUGUGGGAAACCUAUAACAAGUUCUCAAUUCUUUUAUUUUUAUUUAUUUAUUCAUUUAUUUUUUGAGAUGCAGUUUCACUCUUGUGACCCAGGCUGGAGUGCAAUGGCAUGAUCUCAGCUUACUGCAACCUCUGCCUCGUGGGUUCAAGCCAUUCUCCUGCCUCAGCCUCUUGAGUAGCUGUGAUUACAGGUGCCCACCACCAUGCCCAGCUAAUUUUUGUAUUUUUAGUAGAGAUGGGCUUUUGCCAUAUUUGCCAGGCUGGUCUCAAACUCCUGACCUCAGGUGAUCCACUCACCUUGGCUUCCUAAAGUGCUGGGAUGACAGGCAUGAGCCUCAAUUCCCAGCCACAAGCUCUCAAUUCUUAAGAGACAUGGUGAUAAUUCAUGGUGAAGAGGAACUUUACAAACCUGAAAGAUGCGACAGUGCUUUUCCCAACACCUCCAACUUUUCUAUGCACUACACCAUAGAAAUGUGUGAAAUGUGACAAAGCCUUUAUAUAGUUGCCACACUUUAUUGUAGGUAAGGUAACUCAUACUUCCAAAAUACCUACAAGUAUGAAGAAUGUGGUAAAACUUUUAAUCAGUGCUUACACCGUAUUUCACAGGAAAGCUAUUAUCCUUUAGAAAAAUUGUACAAAUAUAAAGAAUAUGGAAAAGCCAUUAAUGCCUAUCACAUCUUACUCAACGUAAGAAGGUUCAUAGUUAAUAAAAACAAAAGAACAAUUACUGUGAAAAAAAUC